AUGGCGGAGCUUCUCUUGUCAGAUCCUGAAAGCCCUAGUGAGACAUCACCGCUGUGGAUCACGGCCGUCUUAGGAGACGAUCUCUUUUUGGAUAUCCGCGACCUUCACAGGGCCACGGGAUAUUUCUCCUACGACCCGGGCUUCACGUGCACGGGCUCAUGCCUCUCGGGGAUCACCUUUAUCGAUGGUCCCAAGGGCGUUUGUCUCUACCGCGGCUUUGCGGUGCCGGAGUUGGUGGAGUCGGCCGAAGCGCUGGAGGUGGCCUAUCUACUUUUGGUGGGGGACAAGCCCAGCACGCAGCAAUAUAUGCAGUUUCGCCGUGAAAUCCAACAGCAUAUGUUGGUCCACGAAAAGGUGAAGGCCAUGUUUUCCAACUUCACCAUCAACGCUCAUCCCAUGGCCAUCAUGGUGGCUGUGAUCGGGGCCUUGAGCUGCAUCUUCAGCGAGCUGGAUCCCUUGAAUGAGAUGCACCGAUGGCUGGCUUGUACCCGACUCAUUGCAAAAGUCCCGGUGCUCUCUUGCUGGGCCUACAAGACCUCCAUAGGUCAACCCAUGAUGUAUCCUCGAGCGGAUUUGAGCUUUGCAGAGAAUUUCCUGUACAUGAUGUUUGCGACCCCCAUGGAAGAAUACAAGGUGAACCCGGUGGCGGCCAGGGCCAUCAAUGCCUUCAUGAUUUUGCACAUGGACCAUGAGCAGAAUGCGUCCACCUCGACGGUGCGAAUUGCGGGGAGUUCCCAGGCGAAUCCUUACGCCUGCAUCGCGGCAGGUGUAGCAUCGCUGUGGGGCCCUGCUCAUGGUGGUGCAAACGAGGCGGUCAUCAAAAUGCUGGAGGAGAUCGGCUCCGCGGAGAAUGUGCCCACCUUCGUCAACGAUGUCAAGGCCAAGAAGGAGGGUGUACGUUUGAUGGGCUUUGGGCACCGCGUCUACAAGAACUACGACCCCAGGGCCAAAGUGAUGAAAGGUCUGGUGACGCAGGUGCUCAAGGAGCUGGGCAUCGACGAUCCCUUGUUGAAGGUGGCCCAAGAGCUCGAAAAGGUGGCUUUGAACGACGAGUACUUUGUGCAGAGGAAGCUUUAUCCCAAUGUGGAUUACUACUCUGGCAUCAUGCUACGAGCACUUGGCAUUCCCACAUCCAUGUUUACAGUGAUGUUUGCAAUGUCACGGACUGUGGGAUGGGUCUCGCAAUGGAACGAGAUGGUGGCCGAGGGUCAGAUGCGCAUCGGCCGGCCGCGUCAGCUCUACGUGGGUCCCAAGCAGCGGACCUGGCGCGACGCCAAGGGCGCCAAUGGAGAAGCUGCCGGCGAUGGCUAUCAAGGUUUGAUGAAGGUACAGCCAAGGCGCUCCUCGUCCUUUUCAAAGCGGGUGCCCGACGUGCCCAGUGCCUACAAGGCGGAGAGUACAGUGCCAUCGUCGCCGGAACCGAGCCCACAUGCUGAAGCUGAUAGUGAGGAUGAGGCACUCGCCGAUGCAUUCUGGACCAGUUGCAAGGCAGCGGCCUCGGCUCCGGCCCCGCCACCUCCGAGACCCAGGCCGCCGCGCACCUCCGCGCGGCUGCGCAAGGUGCCGCUGGGCCUCUCCGCAGCGCCCAGGUCAACGAUCGACAGUCCCGCCUCGGUACCGUCCCUGCGGGACGAAUCUGCAGAUGACCGAGGAUCCGUGGUAGCCUGA